GUAUUAAUAAAAUUUCGCGCAAGUAAUUGAUCCAGGAAGGAGUAAUAAAUAUAAAUUAUUUAUAUUCAAGUCACAUAGACAGGCUGACACAAACUGAUGGAAUACCUUGAUGUCAGUGAUGGAGAUGCCGUGUUGUGGCUGUGGGAUGGACAGACACCCUCGGAACACCUGCAAGCUGCUGUUAAGUCCCUCCAGGAAAGGGUCGGGGCAGGGCGAGUACAGAUGGAAAAUAUCCAUAGACUGAUGAUGGCAAACCAUGCAGCAUCAAGUUUUAAUGUAGCUCUGUCCGGGCUAAUUCAGCCAUCCACAGAUUCUAUGUCUUCGGAUGCACUGGGGGAGGUGUGCCGUUUACUCAAAUCCAAUGGGAGGCUUUACAUGGGUCAGAUGGUUGUAGGAGGGCUUAGUGAUGAAAACAAGACAGAUACAUCACAGAAAUCCAUGUCUGCAUUGAAGUUGUCAGGAUUUGUGAAUGUUGCACAGCCUACAGUAUUGCAGUUGUCUGAUGACAUGAAGCAGAGCAUUGCAAGCCAACACAACACCUCAGACAUAGGUCUCCUGCUGUUUACUGCCUCAAAACCCAGCUACGAAGUCGGCUCUACAUCACAAUUGAAAGUCGCCUUUGGCAAGAAAAAUAAAGACCCUCCACAGCAAAAAGAGAAAACUGCAGCUGUGUGGAAACUGUCUGCCAUGGACAUUGGGGACGAUGACAUUGAGCUUGUUGACGAUGACGACCUACUGGAUGAGGAAGACAAGAAAAAACCUGAUCCUGCUUCACUUAGAGCUGACUGUGGCACAGGCCCAGACAAGAAACGUAAGGCGUGUAAAAACUGCACAUGUGGUCUGGCAGAUGAGUUGGAUAAUGAGGCCCGCCAGUCGAAACCUGCUACGUCAGCAUGUGGAAAUUGUAACCUUGGAGAUGCAUUCCGGUGUUCGAGUUGUCCAUACCUGGGCAUGCCUGCAUUCAAAGCUGGGGAAAAAAUUGCCCUCUCAGACCGCCAGCUCAAAGCAGACAGAUAGUGAUUUGUGACUGUUAUAGUGGACUGUGACCGUGAGAAUGGACCGUGAUAUUGUAGUUUGACCGUUAUAGUGGACAAUGACUGAGAAGUUGACUGUAGUUUAGUUCCUACUGCCAUUGAUCUUUAUCAAGCAUGCUUGAUAAAAAAAAAAAAUGUACUCACCAUGAUAAACCAUAAGUAAUCAAGCAAGCAAGUAACAUAGUACUCAAAAUUGUUUUUUUCUACCUCUAUGAAGCCUUGCAUAUGUCGCACCAAAUAAUGUUUUUGUUGUACAGAAUUUUGCCGAAAAAAAAAAAUUGGCGAAAUGAAAUCUAUAAAUUACAUUUCAUUUAAUAACAGAGCAGGCAAAGGCACACAUUUUUUUCUCUACAUAAUUUAUCAUUUAGAAAAAUAAACCUGAAUAAUUAUGACUUUAUUCUAAUUUCUAAGUAUAACUUUAAGAAAAAAACUACAUGUUACUGAGUAUUCAUCUUUGUAACUAUUUCAGUAUUCUGGGAGUAGUCAAAGACAUACAAAAACAGGAUUUUAUGUUAUUCCAUGCAAAAUAGGUUUGAAAGAAAGUAAUUCUUUUUGUCAUAUUUCAGAAAAAAUAUUGGUAAAAAAAGCAGUCACUUCAAAGAAAGAAAAUAUUUUAUUGCAUUUUUACAAAAAAAACAUGUUUAAUAAUAUCAUAUAUAUAACGUAAAUAUUUUUUAUUGCAUUUUUAGACAAAAAUGAUAGGUAAAUCUGUGAAAUGAUACAUCAUUAAUUAUAGAUUUAUAACUAUGACUUUGUGCAGUCGACCUGUCUGUAGUUAAAUAUAAUAAUCAUGUAUUGGUUUGUGUUGUAGUUCGGAGUUGCCAGUGUAUAUUACAGAACGUAUAUCUGUAGAUUUGAAUCCAUUCCUGUAAUACUACGAUAAAUGAUUUUAUAAUCUUGAUGAGAGUGAGUCUUAUUCUAUGGAUGUGUAUUUAUUUGUUGUAUAUGAUUUUUUCAUUGAUCUUUGUAAAAUGCACAUCUAAAUAGGAAAAAUGAUGCAACCACUGAUUCAUGCUUUUGAGAGGUGGCCAUUAUAUUAGAUUGAAAUCAUCUGGAUGGGAUAUAAUUUAUAAUGUAAAACAGAGCAAAAGUGUUUUGUGGAUUUGUGAUAUUGAUAAAAUUUUCUUUUAUUUUCUUAUAUGCAAGAGAUUAAGUUAAGAGAACUUGCAUCACACAACAUUGCCUUUGGUAUUGUAUUACAAAAUUAACAUAAGGUAGGGCAAGUUAUUUACAUUAUUAGCAUUUUAAAGUGAAUAACCACCCUAUUAUAGCAUUAUGAGGAUAAAUCUUAUGUGUAACAAGUAAGUUAUUUCAUUCAACCAAAUUACUAACUUAAUCUUUAUUUACCAAAAAAUUAUUUACAAUGAUUUUCACAAAGAUUUUUUUCCUUAAAAAGUCUCAGAACACUUCAAAAUGAGAUUAUUGUACAAAUUCUACUCAAACAAAAAAGUGGGAUUUGCUAUAAAUCCUGUUAGAUUGUUCGAGAGAUUAUGGCCAGCUAAUGAAAAAAAAUAAAUUUGAAAGGAAGAGUAUUCUAUAAAUGGUAUAUAAAAAUGGGGCUCAGCUGUAAUUGUAUAUCUCUAUGACAAAUGCCUUUUACUGUUAAAACAAACUCAUGAAUUACGUAGAUUUUAAUGUUGUAAAAAAUAGAUAACAAAAACAAUUAUUUACCUAUUCAUUAUUGAAAUAAUUUUUGCAAAGAGAAUCGAUAAGCUAUGCUAAAUACUAAAUACUGAUUUGAUAGAUAAGAUAUGUUUAAUUAUCAUUCAUAAUGUAGUUUUGCCUUUGUAAAAUCCCACACAUGUAUUGUUGCCACUGUACAAUUUAAACGAGGAAUGUCGGUACCAUCCUUUAAGUAAACUUAACAGUUUCAUUGUGCAUAUGAUUAAUUUGGGGAUUUAGUCAUGACAGCAAGAUGCAUGUGUAAUUGUUAUUAUGUGAACAGUUAUUACAUCAACACAUGUCUAUAACUUUCCCUGUUGAUAUUAUAAAAAAAGAAUAACUUUGAAUGGUAUAAAUGUUAGUGAAACAAUAAAUAAUUAUGUGUCA